UAACCAUGUUUUCUUUGGAACAAAUGUUUUUUACGGCUGUUCCGCUUUCCAAGUAAAUAAAAGUUGUUCUCUCUUGUUUGCCUCAACUUUCAACGUUCGACGCCAUCAGAAAUAAAUUACAAUGUUUCUGACGAAUGUAUUGCUGAAGAAAGUAAAAUCCAAACAUACCAUGGUGCUAAUGGAGAGCAUGGUAAGCGGUCACAAGUACAAUGUGUUCAGAGAACGUUUGGCCGACAAAUUAGAAUUAAUACACUUCGACCCGUGGAUAGGCCAAAUGUCUGUGUACAAAGAAAGGAAGAAAAUAAGAAGCGCUAACGUUAAGAGAUUCACUGAACCAAACUGAGGAAACUGUGACACUGUUAAUUUCCACUUGUAAUAAUAAUAAUCAUUCAUGAAAUGUACUGUGUAGAAUAUUUAUGUAAUUAUUUA